AUGAAGAAUUUUUCGUUAUUUAGGAGUAUUGUUUUGCUUCUAGUAAUUCAGAGUUGUUUAUUUUUGAGUUUUAAGUUAAUGUUUUAUUUAUUUUUAAUUACUUAUAAGACUGAAUAUGCCAGUUUGUUAUUUGUGUUCGUAAGAUUUUGA